AUGGGCGGCGCGCAUCAGCCCGCUGCUCCGGGGCCCAGCUCGCUCUUUAUAUUCUCCGACGAAAAUCCUAUACGGAGGUAUACAAAAUUCAUCAUCGAGUGGCCACCCUUCGAGUACGCGGUGCUGCUUACCAUCAUCGCCAACUGCGUGGUGCUGGCGCUGGAGGAGCAUCUACCCAACGGCGAUAAGACCAUCUUAGCACAGAAUCUGGAAAAGACCGAGGCGUACUUUCUAGGAAUAUUUUGCGUAGAAGCCUCGUUAAAAAUAUUAGCCUUAGGUUUUGUUUUACACAGGGGAUCGUAUCUUAGAAACGUUUGGAACAUAAUGGAUUUUUUCGUUGUAGUAACUGGUAUCAUCACGCAGCUGCCCGCGGUCGCGCCCGAAGUCGACUUCAGGACCUUGCGUGCCAUUAGGGUGCUGAGGCCCCUUAAAUUAGUAUCGGGCGUUCCUAGUUUGCAAGUUGUAUUGAAGUCCAUCAUCAAGGCGAUGGCCCCGUUGCUUCAGAUCGGCCUCUUGGUGCUUUUUGCGAUCGUUAUAUUCGCCAUAAUUGGCCUCGAAUUUUAUUCCGGGGCGCUUCAUAAGACUUGUUAUAGUUUAGAAGAUAUUAAUGAAAUAGUGAAUGAAGGCGAGAAUCCAACGCCGUGCAAUGCCGACAACGAAACAGUGGCACCUCCAGGCGCAAACGUAUGCGCGUCAGACAAGAGUACAUGUCUAGAAAAGUGGGAAGGGCCGAAUCGUGGCAUCACGUCGUUCGAUAACAUCGGCUUCGCUAUGCUCACCGUCUUCCAAUGCAUUACCAUGGAGGGCUGGACAUCCAUCCUCUACUGGACAAAUGAUGCAUUAGGUAGUAUGUUCAACUGGAUAUACUUUGUACCUCUCAUAGUAUUGGGUUCAUUCUUCAUGCUCAACUUAGUUCUCGGUGUCCUUAGCGGUGAAUUUGCUAAAGAAAGAGAGAAAGUAGAAAAUAGGCAAGAAUUUCUUAAAUUAAGAAGACAGCAGCAAUUAGAAAGAGAACUCAAUGGUUAUGUUGAGUGGAUUUGUAAAGCAGAGGAAGUUAUAUUAGCCGAAGAAAGGACUACAGAAGAAGAAAAAAUGCACAUAAUAGAAGCGCGAAGAAGAGCGGCAGCCAAGAAAAAAUUGAAAAAUCUUGGUAAAAGUAAAAGUACAGAUACAGAAGAGGAGGAACAGGAUGAAGAUUGUGGUGAUGACGGUUUUCUGAAAAGCAAAGCUCGUUCCGCCGGCAAAUGUGCAGACUUUUGGCGGGCAGAGAAGAGAUUUCGAUUUUGGAUCAGACACACCGUGAAAACACAAUGGUUCUACUGGUUCGUUAUAGUUCUGGUACUCUUCAAUACAAUAUGUGUUGCAGUUGAACAUUACGGUCAACCCCCGUGGCUGACUUCGUUUUUAUAUUAUGCUGAAUUUGUUUUUCUUGGGCUAUUUAUGAUGGAAAUGUGGGUAAAAAUGUAUGCGUUAGGCCCACGAAUAUAUUUUGAAUCAUCGUUUAAUCGUUUUGAUUGCGUUGUAAUAUCCGGUUCCAUUUUCGAAGUAGUAUGGUCGGAAGUUAAAGGCGGAUCUUUUGGUCUUUCUGUUCUUAGAGCGUUAAGAUUGUUAAGAAUUUUCAAGGUUACAAAAUACUGGUCUUCGCUGCGCAACCUCGUAAUAUCCCUCCUCAACUCUAUGAGAUCUAUCAUUUCAUUGCUGUUCCUUCUAUUCUUGUUUAUACUCAUCUUUGCGCUACUUGGUAUGCAAUUAUUCGGGGGGCAAUUUAACUUCGAAGAUGGCACACCACCGACCAAUUUCAACACUUUUCCUAUUGCUCUACUUACCGUAUUCCAGAUCCUAACAGGUGAAGAUUGGAAUGAAGUAAUGUACUGCGGUAUACAAUCGCAGGGUGGCACACAAGCAGGAAUGCUCUAUUCUUUGUACUUUGUCAUACUUGUACUGUUUGGCAACUACACACUACUGAACGUGUUUCUUGCCAUCGCGGUGGACAAUUUGGCAAAUGCACAGGAGCUAACAGCAGCAGAAGAAGAGCAAGUGGAAGAGGAUAAAGAAAAACAGCUACAAGAAUUGGAGAAAGAGAUGGGUGCAUUACACGCGGUGGAUGGAACUCCACCUCGAGUAGACAUAAGUCCUACAUCAGCGGCAAGUAGGAAGAACAAAAAGAAAGAAGAGGCCAAAAAGGAAGAAGAAGAGAUACCAGAUGGACCAAAACCAAUGCUGCCAUAUUCGUCCAUGUUUAUUUUAUCACCAACUAAUCCAAUUAGGCGAGGCGCACACUGGGUUGUAAAUUUAAGAUAUUUUGAUGUUUUUAUCAUGUUAGUUAUAUGUAUGAGUUCAAUGGCUUUAGCGGCAGAAGAUCCAGUAGUUGAAGAAAGUGAAAGAAACAAAAUCCUUAACUACUUUGACUAUGCGUUCACGGGAGUGUUUACCGUGGAGAUGCUGCUGAAAAUCGUCGACCUCGGCAUUCUAUUCCAUCCGGGCGCUUACUUGCGCGACUUGUGGAAUAUCAUGGACGCUGCCGUCGUAAUCUGCGCGCUUGUCAGCUUCGGUUUUGAAAUCGGAGGUGUGAAGAAAGGAGCCGGUCAGAAUUUGUCUACAAUAAAAUCAUUAAGAGUGUUAAGAGUGCUUAGACCAUUAAAGACUAUAAAGCGUGUUCCAAAAUUAAAAGCAGUGUUUGACUGUGUCGUGAACUCUUUGAAAAAUGUCAUUAACAUUCUCAUAGUGUACAUAUUGUUUCAAUUCAUAUUCGCUGUAAUUGCAGUUCAACUUUUUAAUGGUAAAUUUUUUAAUUGCAACGAUAUCAGUAAGAAUACUCUUCAAGACUGCCAAGGGUCGUAUUUUGUCUACGAAGCGAACAGUCUGCUACCGCGAGUAGUCAAACGGAAGUGGGAUACACAAUCCUUCCAUUAUGACAACGUGGCGUCAGCGAUGCUAACGCUUUUUGCAGUACAGACUGGAGAAGGAUGGCCACAAGUGUUGCAAAACUCAAUGGCGGCAACGUAUGAAGACAGGGGACCCAUACAAAAUUUUCGAAUAGAAAUGUCCAUAUUUUAUAUAGUUUACUUUGUGGUGUUUCCGUUUUUCUUUGUUAACAUAUUCGUAGCCCUUAUAAUUAUUACAUUUCAAGAGCAGGGUGAAGCUGAAUUACAGGAUGGUGAAAUUGAUAAAAAUCAGAAAUCUUGUAUUGAUUUCACGAUAGAAGCUCGACCUCUUGAGAGGUAUAUGCCAAGCAAAAGAGGGAGUUUUAAGUACAAAGUGUGGAGAGUAGUCGUCUCUACGCCCUUCGAGUACUUCAUCAUGACCCUAAUCGUCCUUAAUACUUUGUUACUCAUGAUGAAGUACUAUAAACAAAAUGACCUCUAUGCUGAUAUCCUCAAGUAUUCGAAUAUGGGGUUUACUGGAAUGUUUUCCGUGGAAACGGUGUUGAAAAUCAUCGCUUACGGUGUCAAAAAUUUUUUCAAAGAUCCAUGGAACAUUUUUGAUUUCAUAACGGUCAUUGGAAGUAUUAUUGACGCUCUUAUUAUGGAGUUUGGCGAGAACACAUUCAACGUUGGAUUCCUCCGCCUGUUUCGAGCCGCGCGACUGAUCAAGCUGCUGAGACAAGGCUAUACAAUUCGGAUACUUUUAUGGACAUUCGUGCAGAGUUUUAAAGCCUUACCCUACGUGUGCCUUCUCAUCGCGAUGCUAUUCUUCAUAUAUGCUAUUAUCGGAAUGCAGGUGUUUGGCAAUAUAGAAAAUGCGCCUGAAACAGCCAUGAACCGGCAUAACAAUUUUCAAAGCUUCAUUCAAGCACUUAUGUUAUUAUUCAGAUGUGCGACGGGAGAAUCUUGGCCAAACAUUAUGUUGGAUUGUCUGAAGCCGGCAAAAUGUGACGAGAAAGCUGGCAAGCCGCCCCAGGAAGAAUGUGGAAGCACACUAGCCUACGCAUAUUUCGUUUCUUUUAUAUUCUUCUGUUCCUUUCUUAUGUUAAAUUUAUUCGUUGCUGUCAUUAUGGAUAAUUUUGACUAUUUGACAAGAGACUCGUCCAUUCUUGGGGCGCAUCAUCUCGAUGAAUUUGUUAGAAUAUGGGCUGAAUACGACCCAAAUGCUACAGGGAAAAUCCAUUAUACAGAAAUGUACGAUAUGUUAAAGAAUAUGGAUCCGCCCUUGGGGUUUGGUAAUAAAUGCCCAAAUAGAUUAGCGUAUAAAAAAUUAAUAAGAAUGAACAUGCCACUAGAUGAAGAAGGAAAAGUGAAUUUCACAACAACUCUUUUUGCCUUAAUUCGUGAAAAUCUUAACAUAAAGAUGAGAUCUGCUGAAGAGAUGGAUCAAGCUGAUCAGGAGUUAAGACAAACUAUAACACAAAUAUGGCCUCUCCAAGCGAAGAAGAUGCUAGACUUGCUGGUGCCUCGUAAUGAUGUUCUUAACGCAGGAAAACUGACAGUCGGGAAGAUCUACGCAGGACUGCUUAUUCUAGAGAGUUGGAGAUCGACUAGGUUUGGUCAGACAGAACCACAGGGUGUUCCGGCAUUCAGCGAGAAUAGCCCUACGGCCAAUCAGCCGAAGGCGUCCUUCUUUAACUGCCUGCUGGAUGUGGCUGCGGGACUCGGACCCGGAUCGCGAACAGGUUCUCUGAGUCAAGAAGGUCCUCUUAUCACAACCGCGGAGGGACAUCCGGAAGAUCCACAUACUUUAGCCAACUUCGCAAGACGCAGUACCAGAAAAUCAUUCAAGAACAAUAAAAAGGUUUUGGAGCUACAAGAUGUUGCAUCUCAUCACGCAUCUUUAGAAUCUUUAGACGAAGCCAGACUACAACCACCAACACAUGUUUACCAAAAUGGUCACCACGGGAGAUCUUCUAGUUUAAGACGGACUCCAAGUCCCCGACGGCGUGGCCAAUAUGGAGGCUAUCAACACGAUAUUGGUUUCUCCGACACAGUUAAUAAUGUUGUCGAGAUAGUCAAACAUGAACACCAACGACAUGGGCGAACUCAUCGAGCGCCUCACCACUAUCAUCCUCAUGGGAAGGAGUGGAGGGCGCCGUAUCCUACGACCAGCCUGAGCCUGCCCUCGCGGUCACCCAGCCCGCCACAUCACACCUACGUUUGGGCACCUAUAGUUGGCGAUCGGGACCGGGAGCGCGAGUGGAGAGAAUGGCGGGAGCGGUCUUGGGAACGAGAGGGACAGAGACGAGGCCGCGGUCGCCAGCUACCUCCAACGCCUACCAAGCCGUCCACAUUACAAGUCAAACAGCAACCACCAUUCACAAGAAUAAGCCACAGCCCCUCCCACUUAUCGUUAAGGCAUACAGUACGAGAACCUGUAGAGCCUCUGCACGAUGAGUAUGAGUAUGGCCGGGAAGUUGAAAGACUGAUACACCGAGAUUAUAGAUCUAGAGAAAGACGUGGUAGGGGCUACGAAUCGGAGCGCGGACGUGCCUACGAAGCGCCGCUGUCGUACGAGGCGGCGCUGGCGAUGGGUCGGGCGGGGGGAGCGCGGACGCUGCCGUCGCCGGUGCCGGCGCCGCGGCUUCCCAACGGGUACAAGCCGCGCGCGCGCCACUCGGACUCAGACGAGGACGACUGGUGCUAG